CCUCGCGGCGGCGGGCUCAUGGCGCCCAGGGUGCAUCCUCUCUUGCUGCUCUUACUCUGUACGCUGGCGGCUCCCGCCUGGCCGGGCUCCGGAUCAGAGGGCGACGGAGGGUGGCAGCGGCGCGGCCCUGGGGUGCCAGCGGCGGUGGCGGAAGAGGAGCGCUGCACCGUGGAGCGCCGGGCCGGCCUCAGCUACGCGGAGUUCGUUCAGCACUACGCCUUCUCCAGACCCGUCAUUCUGCAGGGGCUCACAGACAACUCAGUGAGUGCAGCUUCCCCUCCUGGCCAUCUCGCCAGUAUGGGGCCAAGGCCCUUAAGUCCUCUCUUCCCACCCCCGCAGAGGUUCCGGGCUCUGUGUUCCCGGGAAAGGCUGCUGGCAUCAUUUGGAGACAGUGUGGUUCGUUUAAGCACUGCCAACACCUACUCCUACCAGAAAGUGGACCUAGUCUUCCAGGAGUAUGUGGAGCAGCUGCUGCACCCCCAGGACCCCACCUCUCUGGGCAAUGACACCCUGUACUUCUUUGGGGACAACAACUUCACUGAAUGGGCAUCACUCUUUCGGCAUUACACCUCACCCCCAUUUGGUCUGCUGGGUACCACUCCUGCUUACAGCUUUGGGAUCGCAGGAACUGGCUCCGGGGUGCCCUUCCAUUGGCACGGGCCUGGGUUCUCAGAAGUGAUCUACGGACGCAAGCGCUGGUUCCUGUAUCCCCCUGAGAAGACACCUGAGUUCCACCCCAAUAAGACCACUCUGGCCUGGCUCCAGGACACCUACCCAGCCCUGACACCAUCUGCACGGCCCUUGGAAUGCACCAUCCAGGCUGGUGAGGUUCUAUAUUUCCCUGACCGAUGGUGGCAUGCCACACUCAACCUCGACACCAGUGUUUUCAUCUCUACCUUCCUCAACUAGCCAGAGCGGGCAACUGGCGAGCCCAGUCGCACACC